UUCUUAAGGCGGGAAUUCGCUAUUAAGGCCUUUGUUCGAAGAAGGUAUCGAUACACCGCGUAUUGGAUUCGCAAUAUGCAGAGCGAGCUUACGAUCGCGUUACUCGUCGCAAUUUUGCUCAGGAAUUCCGCGGCGCGAAAAAGUGAAGAAAAAUGCAAAGAAUACGCCGAUCUGGUUUACGAGACCGAGAAAUCGCCGACGUUGCGUAUCAAUGCCGGCUCGAACAGAGUCUCUCGCUGCGCCGUCGUCGAGACACCUCUAAUCAUCGGCGGAAUCCAAGCGAAACACGCGGAAUUUCCGCACAUGGCGGUGAUCGGUUAUGGCAAGCACGACGUGUCCUGGCAGUGCGGAGGAAGCGUUAUCUCCGAGAAUUUCAUUCUAACCGCGGCGCACUGUAUGGAAUCCCCGGACAAGGGCCCCGCAAGCAAAGUACGAGUCGGCUUAAUUAAUCUGUUGACACCGGGCGAUGCUAUGCAGGAGAGGGACGUCGCGGAAAGAAUUACAUAUCCGGAUUACAAGUUUUCGGUCAGGUACCAUGAUAUAGCGUUACUCAAGCUCGAUCGUCCGCUAGAAUUGAAUCCUCGAGUGCGACCCGCAUGCCUCGAAACGAACUUACAGAUACCGGGCGGGAGCGCUUUUGCCUCGGGGUUUGGGAAAACAGCCUACGAAUCCAGUAUCGGCAGCAACGAGUUGAUGAAGGUCCAGUUGAAUUACAUUUCCGAAGAUGAUUGCAAGAGGACUUACAGCGGAGAUAUUGGUACUCGGCAGCUGCCCGACGGCAUGAUAUCGAGUUUACUUUGCGCCGGCAUCAUGGAGGGCGGCAAAGACACAUGUCAGGGCGACAGCGGCGGUCCGUUGCAAAGAAUUCUUGCGGAACCGUACUGCAUGUACAGCAUCGUGGGUGUGACGAGCUUCGGCAAGUUUUGCGCCUUUAAAUCAUCGCCCGCAAUGUACACUCGAGUUAGUUCUUAUCUCGAUUGGAUUGAGAGUACCGUUUGGCCGUAAAAGCCAAACACGGAAGCGCAAUCAAUGAGCGCGCGGUCCUCCAAACUUAAUCCCAACGGUCUCGACGGAUAAUCGGCGAAGGAUAAGAGUGUACAAAAUUAUCGGGGUGGUGAGAAUUGAGGGGCAAGUGAAAUAAAAAGAUUGAUAACAUCGUCAUGUUAAAA